UGGGAAUUUGUUCAAUGGUUUGAAGUGGAAAUUCCAGCGAGCUUGAUUCACACUCUUCUACAUGUGCUCAUAUCAUUCAGAUCAUUUAUGCAACAAUUGCAUUUUCAACCCAGUAGCUGCAGCUCUAUCAAAUUUCUAUUACUCUUAGUGUUUCUCUGUUUCAAGCAGGCUAGUGGUACUUACGACCUUUACAAUCGAUCUCGUCACUUAACGGCAUCAGUGCCUAAACCAUGAACACAUUCUAUACCUACAAAAUAUCCGUAUUUGAACAACGAAACAUUGAAUAACCUAUCACAUCUACGAUAUCAUAAACAUCGGCACAAAGACCACGAAUCACGCAAUCAAAAUGUCCCGCUCCCGCAAUUCAUUCUUCAGCAACUCUUCGGGAACGAAUGAUCAGCAACAUCCUCUUCUAUCAAGAGAAUAUAAUUCGCAUAAUGGCAUUAAUUUGCGUGAUCUCUCUCCCCCUUCAGCUUCUCGAAUCACGCCAAGCCCACCACCGGAAUUUUAUAGGGACCUUCGAUCCCCUACUAGUACAAAUGCGAGAACGAUAUCACCUCGACCUGUCUCGGAAGCAGGAUCUGCGAGUAAAAUGAAAGGAAAUGGGAAGGCGAAGGGAAGGAGGAUACAAUUUGCCGCUCCUCCCCCGCCCAUUGCGGGAAGCGUUAUGGGUUUGGGAAUGGGCGGGAAGAUGGGAAUAAGUUUAGAUGGUAGUAGAAGUCCUAGUUUGAAAGCAAGUUUGGUGAGGGAAGCGAGAAGAGGCGUCGGAGGUUUGAAGUCCAUAGGGGGUAGUGUUGGAGGCUCAGUACAAAUCGAUACUUUAUUGGGAUUGGAAAGGAGGGAAAGGGCUUUGCAGGCAGAAUUACAAAUGUUGCUGGAUGCGCAGGGUGAGGGGUUACUGGCAGGUUUUGGUGGAGGGGGUGGUGACAUGGGAGAUGGAAGUGGAAAUAGCACGCCUACGACGAGAUCGUUACAACGGGGUAAAGGUGGUCAAGGGGGUCGGAGUAAAGAUGGAGCACAUAUGCAGACAAUUCCUGUUAGGCAACCGAAGAAAAGGACAAUUGGAUUGAAGGCGGCGAGGAAAGGAUUAUUAAGGGAUAUGAGUGAGUUGGCGGACGUUAAAGGCGAGGAAGGAGAUUUGUUAGGAGAAGAAAUUGAAAGGAGAGAGAUGUGUAUUGCGAAAACAAAGGGUUGGAAGAUUAGAAUCGAAGAGGCCAAGAAGGAAAUUGGGGAGUUCAUCUCAGCGGACACAACAAACUUUGGAUCGACUUCACUGGAUAGGGAGAGAAUUGAAUCUUCCGAAGGCAAAUCCGAAGAAGAUCGAGAGAUAGCCGAACUGCGGACGGAAGAGAGGGCUGUGGCAAACGAGAUACGAGAAACGGAAGAUAGAUUGUUACAAAUGAAGGCUCGAAAGAAUUGUUUAGAAGAACGUAUUAAAGAGAGAGUUAAUCAGAGAGAAUCUCGAUUAUCUAGUUACCGUGGAGCUCUAAAGGAGGUAGAAUCCGAAGUCCAGGAAUUUUUGACUAGACCACCAGUCAUGGUAUCGAUCAGUAUGGGAGAUGAAGAAGGAUUUAUGACGCUUCCACCUAAGCGCCGCACAUUAGAAAUGGCAGAGGAAUGGUGGAGUAAAGAAAUAAAUUCUUUGCAAGAAAGGAAAUUAGAGGUAGAAAAGGAGAAAGAAGCAUUGGAGGAUGGAGCAAAGUAUUGGGAAGAAUCCGUGGGGACAGUGAUACGAUUUGAGGAUGAAUUGAGGGAAAGUAUGAAGAGUGGAAAGGUAGGCGAUGUAAAUGGAUUAAAGGGACAAAUUGGAAAAAUGAAGCAGGUCAUUGGGAAACUUGCCGAGACGACAAAAGUAGCGGAGACUAAGGGCUGGAAUUUAUUGGUUGUUGCUAUAGGCGCCGAAUUACAAGCUUUCAGGCAAGGAGAAGGAAUUCUAAGGGGAGCAUUGAAGUCUAUGGGUGGGGAGAUUGACGAUAAUGAUGAUGAUGAUAACGGAAAUGGUAAUGACGAAAAGAAGAAUGACGAAAACAAAGGCGAAAAUAUUAAUAAAACUACACAAUCUCAAUCACAAUCACAAAGACAAAAACAAAAACAGUUAAUAAAUGAACAAACAACAGAAGCAGAAGAAGACGACGACGGAUUAAAAGAACUAGAAAAGGAUCUAGCGAGACAGGAGGAAAAUUUCCUCGUCCGUGGAAGUGGAAGUGGAAGGGUAGGGGCUUUGGUGGAUGUGGAUAAGGAUAGCGGUAGGGAGGAGGAAAGCGAUGAGGAAAAGCAUUUGGAGGAGUUGUUGGUGGAUCGAGAAGCGCAGCUUCAUGAUGGUCAUGGGCGUGGAAAUGGUGAUUAUGGUGAUGAUGAUGAUGAUACUGAUCAUGAGGGGUUUUGAUGGGGUUUGUUUGGGAAAGGGGGUGUAUUGAUACCAAUGGACAGGACAGGACAGACUGUACUAUGGUUUAUUCGAUUGUGUUACUUGAUGUGUUACUUGGUUGGGUUUGAGUGAUGAAGCGAUGAAGUAAUGAAGUAUAAACAUAAGUACUAUUCUUACGCUAUGCGUCCUAGGAAUUUAUA